AUGGAGAUCACAGGCAGAAACAGUUUCUCAGGCCCUGAUCAGAAGCUAGGGUUCGACAAAUCAAAGGUUACCUAUUUCAAGUGUAAGGAACGUGGUCAUUUCAAGAGAGAAUGCCCGAACCGUGAAGUGAACAACCAUCAGAACCCUUUCACAAACGAUUAUUACAGGCAGGCAAUCUAUCAUCGACCUAACCAACAACCUGCUGUUCAGAGGCCGCAAAUCGAAAACAAACCGGAGAAGGCUCUUAUCAUGAAUCAAGAUGAUGAAAGAGUAGCUGAAGGUUUCACUUGGGAUAAAUACAUCCCUGGAAGCGAUGGGCAGGCCAUGAUGGCAGAAAUUGUUGAACUACCGGAGAUGGUGACUAAGCCAGAAAUGAUUGUUGAAGAUGUUCCGGUUGAGAAUGUGGUUGACUUUGAAGAAAUCGCUGCAGAAAUUUACUAUUACCAGUCAGAACAGGAGGUAUUGGCAAGUACUAUGAAAUCAAUAAUGCGUCCUAAAGUGUUUGAAUCUUUUGCAGGUUAUUUCAAAGAACCGAUGACUGGAUCGUGUCCAAGAUACGAAGAAAAGAAAGAAGUUGUCGAGGAAAUGAUAGACGUGACAAAAGAGUUGACUGGAGAAACAUUGAAAGAUAUCGCUGAUAAAGCUCUCAUGGGAAAGCUAAAAGAGGUAGACUCAGAACUCGAGAAGUCAGAUUCUGUCAGUACCGUGUCAGUCAAACAGGAGUCAGAUCAGAAAUCUAGAGUUCAGGAGGUCAAAGUGUCUGAGUCUGAGUUUAAAAAUGUCGGUAAACAAGAUGUGAAAAUUGUGUGUGAUGAACAGGUUGUUGUUGAGAAAGUUGUUUCAAUCUCUGAAACACCAUGCCAGAAGUAUGGGGUGGAAGGUGCUUUGAAUCUCAAGUUGAGAUCAAUUGAGGAUGAUUUGCCUGAAAGCAUUGAUGUUACAUUCUCUGCAUCCGACACCGACAACGAAUCACAUGUCAUCAAAACCGUUGUCGAUCAGGUGUUAGAUGAAGAGAGUGAUAACUCUGAGAAGUCUCAAUCUGAGAAAGUUGGGCUGCCCAGGUCUAUCCUUUCGAAGUGGAUCAUGGACAGUGGUGCAUCGAGACAUAUGACAGGGACGCUAGCUCUUCUUUACGACGUCAAAUCAAUAAAUAGAAGUUAUGUGGGAUUCGCCGGAAAUCAAGGCGGGAGAAUUGUUGGACAGGGAACGUUGACGAAUGGUGUCAUCUCAUUCGAGAAAGUGAACUAUAUCGUAGAGUUAGAAAACAAUUUACUUAGCAUUUCGCAAAUAUGUGAUAAAUCUUUCAGUAUCGAGCCCAGAACUUACAAAGAGGCGUUGACUGAGGAUAGCUGGGUAAAUGCGAUGCAAGAGGAGCUGCUACAGUUUGAAAAGCUGGGUGUUUGGAGACUUGUUGAUUUGCCACAGAAUCAAAAGUUAAUCAAAACAAAGUGGGUUUUAAGUGCAAACGGGAUGACAGAGGAGUCGUGGUGA